UUCGUCACAUGCAAAUUGAACUGGUCUUACCUCUCUGUCUGAACUCUCGCUGCUUCUUCACAUCCUUCUAGACUAAGGAAAGUUCAAGGCUCUCGUCUUAAAAGAAUAGUCAUAAUAAUAAUCCCGCAUUAAUUCCAAAAGUACAUGCCAUCACAUUUCUGCAAAAAAAUCCACAUUCUUAUCAUUUUUAAUCAGACCAAGCGGCCGUUGAAAAAUUGUUAUACGACAACAAACUACCAACAGACACAAUGCAGAAGAUCAAGUACUGGCUAUCGGAGCAUCCAGAAAUCGUGGCCUUCAGGUGGAGCCCCACCCAAUCAUAUGGCUCCACGUGGUCAUUCCUCGUCGGAGCAAUCACCAUCUACAUUGCCGCCGCCACAACCCUACACUUCCUCCUCAACACCCUCCCCCUCCACCUCCUCCGCCGCCGGAGACUCCGGCCAAUCCCUCUCGGCCCAAUCCCUGCAGUCCACAGCCUCGCGAUGUGCCUGAUCUCCGCCGUCAUCUUCCUUGGCACGCUCCUCUCCGCCGCCUCCGAGAUCCGCGACACGCGGUGGCUGUGGCGGCGCUCGAGGACCAACCCCGUCCAGUGGCUCCUCUGCUUCCCCCUCGGCACGCGCCCCACGGGGCGCGUCUUCUUCUGGUCGUACGUCUUCUACCUCUCCCGCUUCCUCCACCUCCUCCGCACCUUCUUUUCGGUCCUCCGCCGCCGCCGCCUCAGCCGGCUCCGUCUCUUCAACCACUCGAUCCUCAUCGUCACCUCCUUUCUCUGGCUCGAAUUCUCCCAAUCCUUUCAAGUCCUCGCCAUUCUCAUCACGACCCUCAUCUACUCGGCGGUCUACGCGUACCGUUUCUGGACCGAGAUCGGAUUGCCCGCCGUCGGCCCGGUGUUCGUGGUGAACUGCCAGAAGUUGUUGCUCUGCUUCAACUUGGUUUGCCAUUUGGGAGUUCUUCAUCUGCAUUUGAUUCUCAAAGGUGGGUGCAAUGGGAUCGGGGCUUGGAUCUGCAACUCUGUGCUCAACGGAGUCAUUCUUUUGCUCUUCUUGAAAAUGCGCUUCAGAAAGACGAAGCUCCGUGAUGAGCUUGAGGGCUCGGUUUCGUCAGUACAUUACAAGAAUGAUCAGAAUAUUGUUAAAGAGAAGUAUGGUUGAGUUAAUAUGAGAUUUUUUAACUUCUAGGUGAUUAUACGACUUUUGUUUUGUUUUGUUAUAUUGUUAUACCUAUAUUGCUCUCAAGUGAUUUGGGAGUAAAAAUUGUAAAAUCCCAUUACACAUUUUUUCGGGUGAAUUACGUGGUUAUAUAUGUACGUCACACUAAUUUAAAAGAGAAUGUGUUACCAUCGGAUUAUUUUUUUCGAGUAAAAAUUGUAAAUACGGCUACAGUACUUAUAAUGUGAUUUUUUAAAUAUAUAUAUAUGCCAAACUGAUUCAAGAGUUCAUGUUC